GAUACGUAAUGCCUUCGCCGACCAGACCGCUUAUGCAAGGGGAAUGCUUCAUCUAUAGAGCCAGGAGAACAGAUGAUCUUAUGCACAAUUACGUUUAUGCUGCAAAGUUAUACAACCCGGGCGGUUAGCAUAAGCCAUACUUCUUGAUGCAUAUGUACUACUUCCUGUAGAUAUCUCUUGAGGGCCCGGGAGCGAGGAGGCAUUUGAGCUUACAAUGACCUACUUUGGAAAAUAAGAGAUUACAAUACGACUGCGAUCUAGUAACUCAGUCUUUCGCAACGUGGACUAUAAUUUUCCCCUUUGCCCUACCGGAAUGUAGCUUCUCAUAAGCCUUGAUCACAUCCCCAAACUCAAACACCUCGUCGACAACCACCCUGAGCUUUCUCUCUUUCAGAAACUCGACAACGGUCAAUAGGUCCUCCUUGGAAUUUUCCAACAUUAGCGGCACAAACCACCUUCUCCCACCACCCAGGAAUCUGGGCGUGAUGGUCCUCCACACGACUUUCAUUAUGCUCCCGGCACCGACCUGCACAUAGGCACAGCCGGCCUUUAGGAAGUGGUGGCAUUGCGAAUACAGAUUAUCCGGAGUCCCAAUGUGGUCGAUGGCAUGAUCGAAUACUUGCCCCUUAGCUUUGAGGGUUUGGAGCACAUCUACCGCCGUAUAGUCGAUGACUUCGUCAGCUCCGAGCUCCCUCACAAGCUUUUCAUUUCGCGAUGAGCAAGUGACUGUAACGUGGCACCCCAACAUCUUUGCAAACUGGAUCGCAAAGACACCGCAGCCGCCGGAGCCCCCAUUGAUAAACACCUUCUUCUGCUCGUCGCCAACUGCACCUGGUGAAGAGGAGGGCUUGAUGUAGUACUUGAGAGACUGCCAUGCCGUACGGAUAGAGACGCCCACACACGCGGCGUCAUCAAUACUCACGCCAUCCGGCAAAAUCGCAAGAUCAUUCUCGUCACAGAGAACAUAUUCCCCUGUCGCCCCAAAUGUUCUCGGCCUCGCUAAGCAUCCAAAGACAAGCUGGCCUGGAUUGAAUUCCCCCUUGUGGUUGGGGUGUGUUGCAACAACGCGCCCGGCAAAGUCAAGGCCAGGUGACGCAGGAGUGCUGCAUAUAAGAACUCUCCCAAAAAUGGUCGACUGCUCGGGAACUUUGCAGUCGGCUGGGUUUAGUGAGGUGGAAAGGACCUUGAUGAGGACUUGAGAGGGAGAUGAAGGAGGAGGUGGUGUGCGGGCCGCAGGGUCAUAUGCCAGGUUUGGCAACACGCCAUUAGGAAUUGUGGUAUUGUAGAGGUAGGCCUUCAUUACCGAUGGGAUGGCCAUGGUUCCAGCUUAGGUAUUUGAAGAAAGAGCCCGGAGAUAAUUAUCGGAACUUUAUGAAAUUAUGGUGGGCGGAGCUUGAGCCAGCAGGUGACGUCGCCGCCGAGUCUCGCCGAGAUAUUGUGUAGAUGAACAAAGAAGCAAAUCAGUUGUCACACAUUCGGUCGAGACUUACGAUGGAUUCAAUGUAUAAGGAUCUGCUAGCUGAAGCAAGAAGUCACACAGAGACUCUUGAGAACAUCUUUGAUUUUGUCGAUUUUCGCACCUCCCAUGUGAAGACUGAUGAAGCUAGACACGUGCCGCGCUUUCCCCGAUUAGGCAAUACAGCAACAACCAGGCAGCCGCCUCAAAUCAAGACACAAAACACAACUUCAACUUCUUGGCUGCGCCUGUCGACAACUUGGCAAACACUGUGGGUGAACGACGUCAAUUUUUUAUGCCUGUUUACCCCUGAGUUUUCUCCUCAAGCUCCAAUGUCCCUUGACUAUCCUGUAUCAAUUUUAGCAGGGGAGCGACCGCAUUGCAGCCCCUAAUUCGACCACGAAUUCCUCACGAAUCCUCCGAUAACAGCAUUGCAUGCCCAAUCAAUCCCGAAGUCGGGACCGCUACGGUCGCGACCGUGAACGGAAUCGUUCCCGCGUUCAAUCUCGCCGAAGAUACUAUGAAGACGACUAUGAUGACGACUACGACGAAGACUUCGGAGACAGCCCACGCGACCGUCGCUACAGACGAGAGGGCUACCGCCGCGCACGUGCUGGCUCACGAGCCUACGAUUCUUAUGAUGAUUACGGUGGGGACCAUCGAAGGGAUGUGAAUGUGUACGAUCGCUCUGCGGAGGAUUCGCCAAGAUACCGCUCCGAUACGGAGGGACGAAGACAACGGCCCAGAGCAACAGCCUCGCCCAGUGCAUCUCCUCGAAAACGAGAGCGGACUCGCGACCGGGAUGGCGGCCACAGACGACGGAGGACGGAGGAGGAUUCUAGUCCGGCACCACGUGCGCAUCGGGCCAGGGAUGCAGAGCGAAGUCGAGGCUUGGAAGAUGAUGAAGCGGAAGAGGCAGCGCGGAAACAUCGCCGGCGAGAACGGGAGCGCGAACGGGAAAAGCACACUGCAACAACUUCCAAGCACCAGAGUACCGAGUCGUCAAAUAGCACUGCGGGGUUACUUAAAGCCGAUGCAUUAGCCAGGCUUAGAGAACAGUAUGAAGAGGAAGACCGCCGGCAGCAACGUCAGGCCGAAAAGGAUGCGAAAGCUGAAAGAAAGAGACGGCGCAAGCGGCCGGUUGUCGCAGAACAGUCGCGUACACUCGAACCGUUCCCUGACCAUGUUCCCCGCGGUCAAUCCAAGGGCCGCAUUGUAUCGGGCGCCUAUCUAGAGGAAGGGAGGAGUCCAGAAAUGGAAGUCAGGCUACGUGGAGGAGGAGGUGGUGGUGGUAGAGGACCGCCGACCGAGCAGACGUGGGAGAAGCAGAGCGAUGAUCCAGAUGCGCGCCCUCCGUUCUGGAAGCGAAAGAAGUGGUGGUGGAUUGGUGGAGCCAUUGCCGUUGUUCUCGUCAUUGUAAUCAUCGUCGUCGCUGUUGUCGUAUCGAAGAAUGAUGACGGCAGCGGCUCGUCAGAUUCAUCCACCGAGUCGAGUGACUCGUCCAACUCCGAUCUGGAUGGGAUAAGUCGCGACAGUAUUCCGGAAUCUGCCCGGCGCACGGUCCUCGACCCAUGGACAUGGUACGACACGACGGACUUUAAUCUAACAUACACAAGUGAGACUGUCGGUGGACUGUCUGUCAUGGGCCUGAACUCGACCUGGGACGACUCUGCUCGCGCCAACGACAAUGUACCGCCGCUCAACAAGCCGUUUCCAUACGGGACGCAGCCGAUUCGCGGCGUAAACAUUGGAGGCUGGUUAUCACUAGAGCCGUGGAUUACACCUUCUUUGUUUCGAGGUUAUUCGGAUGAUGUGCUCGACGAAUAUACGUUGAGUCAACAACUAGGCGAUUCAGCAACUGAAACGAUCGAAAAGCACUACGCCACAUUCAUCACCGAACAGGACUUUGCUGACAUCCGUGAUGCUGGACUUGAUCAUGUUCGAAUCCCAUUCUCCUACUGGGCAGUUAGCCCCAUUGAGGGCGAGCCGUAUGUCCCCAAGAUUUCCUGGCGGUACCUUCUCCGCGCCAUCGAGUACUGCCGCAAAUACGGGCUCCGCGUAAAGCUUGACCCACACGGUCUCCCAGGCAGUCAGAACGGCUUCAAUCAUAGUGGGAAACAGGGUAGCAUUAACUGGCUGAAUGGGGAUGAUGGCGACGCGAAUGCCCAGCGCUCUCUCGACUUUCACGACAAGGUUUCCAAAUUCUUUUCUCAAGACCGAUACAAAAACGUUGUCGCCAUAUACGGCCUGGCCAACGAGCCAUACAUGCUCUCCUUGGACAUUGAAAAGGUCCUCAACUGGACCACAACGGCAACCGAACUAGUCCAGAAGAAUGGGAUCAGUGCCUGGGUUGCGUUCCACGACGGGUUCCUCAACCUCAGCAAGUGGAAGUCGAUGUUGAAGAGCGGUCCCUCGGAACUUCUCCUCGACACUCACCAGUACACCAUCUUCAACACCGCCCAGAUUGUCCUCAACCACACCGCAAAAGUCAAUCUGGUCUGCAACGACUGGCACGCCAUGAUUGGAGAAAUCAACACUACAUCUGCAGGAUGGGGCCCAACAAUCUGCGGUGAAUGGUCCCAAGCCGACACUGACUGCGCGGAAAACCUCAACAACAUUGGUCGUGGAACUCGCUGGGAAGGCACCUACGAGUCCAACGAUGACACACAGUACUGCCCCACGGCUGACUCUGCACCUUCCUGCAGCUGCCGAUCCGCAAACGCGGACCCAUCCGACUACUCGGACGACUACAAGACCUUUCUGCAAACCUAUGCGGAGGCCCAGAUGAGCGCCUUUGAAACCGCAAUGGGCUGGUUCUACUGGACCUGGCAUGCAGAGUUCGCCCCGCAGUGGAGUUACAAGACCGGUUGGCAGAACGGGUACAUGCCCAACAAGGCGUAUAGUCCUAGUUUUCGGUGCGGCGACGAAGUGCCGAGUUUUGGGACGCUCGCGGAGAAUUAUUGAUGCUCAUCCUCAUCGAGUACCGAGCACUGAACAUGCGAGGACGAGGUGGGAGCCCGAAAUCUUUUUUGGUGGAAGUAGUUUGUCUAUGGCUUAUCAUGGUAGAUAGCGGUUUCUUUUUCUUUCGUCAUGACUGUACAUAUGGUUGGUUGCAUUUGCAUCGAACAUGAGGGGCGCGUGAGCACAGGAAAUCAACGCAUAACGACUAAAUCUAAGAAACACCUAGUUCUUGCUCAACCAGGCGGCUCACCUGAUAUAUUUUAUUCUUGUAGGUUUCGUCUUUUGGUUCUCUCUUGAACUACGAAGGAUUAAUUCCAGAAAAUUUACGUCCAGUACUUCGAACAUUUGAGCAG